UUAUGGAAUUAUUUAAUGAUAGUGAACCUAUUGGCGCAACUGACGAAGCAACAACUGAGGAGUCAAACGAAACAUUAAAUGAAGCAGUAAUCGAAACUUAUCAAGAUGACACAAACCACAGCCACAAACUCGUAUUCGAUACGGACUCCUCGGAUGAUGAAUCAAACGUUUCUUCGCUUAAA